AUGCUGGAAUAUCCAUCACUUCCAUCUUACCAUGAAAGCGUUGCCCAACCACAGCAUAUUUCUAUGCUCAAACCGUCUACGCAAUUACCGGAAGUAAUGACAGUGCAUCUUCCCUGUCCGCAAUCAGUUGCAAUCCAACCAUAUAUGUCAAAUAGGUUGGCCUCAUUAGAGAAUGAAUACAUUAUCGCACCGAUAACGUCGCAAUGUUCUGGUCUUGCUAAAGCAAAUCUUACUCAUGGUGUUCGCAAAGUGAUCCUUAAUCGCAUCAAAGGUAAAAAGUAUGGACUGAAGAUGCGAGCCGUUAAUCAGGGUGUUUUUAUUCAAUUAGUAGCCGAAGGUUCCCCAGCUGCAGCUGCCGGUAUCCGAUUUGGUGAUCAGCUGCUUAAUUUAAAUGGUACUGAAGUGCUUGGGAUGACCGGACAAAAAGUGAUGGAUAUGAUGAAGAAAUCAAAACAUGAAGUGGUUCUUAUGCUCAGAGAUAGGUACACGGUUAAUUGA